GUUUAAAAUUAGAUACCGCUUCAUUUGACCUUUAUUUGCUAAACACCAAUACAUAUACUGUAUUCACUUUCUGUGCUUUGUUUGACACUGUAUUCUAUUCUAUCAUGGUAGCAAAGUAACUCAAAAAAUAUUCACGUCACAGACAAUACAAAAAAAGUAUUUUAUACACAUAUAAAAAAAUAAAGGAACGAGUGCAGGAAACUACAACGUCAUUUUUUUUUACCUCCUCUCGCCUUUAACUUUACACUAUUUACAAUGAGCGACGAUGACUUUAUGCUCGAAGAUGACGAUCAGGACUACGAUUUUGACUACGAAGAUGGAAGCGAUGACGAAGAGCCCGAUGUAGACUUGGAAAACAAGUACUAUAAUGCAAAAGCACGAAAGGAAGACGAUCCAGAGGGUGCGAUCUCUGAGUUCCAAAGCGUAGUAGACACAGAAGAAGAAAAGGGUGAUUGGGGAUUCAAAGCAUUGAAACAAAUGAUCAAAAUAUCUUUUCAACUGGGAAAACACGAAGAAACACUGAAAUACUACCAUGAACUAUUGACUUAUGUCAAAUCAGCUGUCACUCGCAACUACAGCGAGAAAAGUAUCAAUAAUAUCCUGGACUAUGUAUCAACCGCAGAUAAUAUGUCGUUUAUGGAAAAGUUCUACCAGACUACACUUGAUUCCCUUUUAGAGACAAAGAAUGAACGUUUGUGGGUCAAGACAAAUCUUAAGCUAGCUAAGCUUUGGUUGGAUCGCAAGGAAUAUGGUCGACUCAACAAGAUUCUUCGACAACUUCACUCUGCCUGUCAAAAAGAUGAUGGAACUGAUGAUCAACGCAAGGGAACUCAUCUCUUGGAAGUACUGGCACUUGAAAUCCAAAUGUAUACCGAAACAAAGAACAAUAAAAAGUUAAAGGAACUCUAUCAGCAAUGCUUACAUGUUAAAUCUGCCAUACCUCAUCCUCGUAUUAUGGGUGUUAUCCGCGAGUGUGGUGGUAAAAUGCACAUGGGAGAAAAACAAUGGGAUGAUGCCCAGACAGACUUUUUUGAAUCUUUUAAAAACUAUGAUGAGGCAGGAAGUCCACAACGUAUCCAAGUUUUAAAGUAUCUGGUACUAGCAACUAUGUUGACUGAAUCUCAGAUCAAUCCCUUUGAUUCACAAGAAACAAAACCAUACAAAAAUGAUAAAGAGAUUGCUGCAAUGACUAGUUUAGUAAGCGCUUAUCAAAAGAAAGAAAUCCGUGAAUUCGAAAAAAUCUUGAAGACAAAUCACAAUUCAAUUAUGGGUGAUCCGUUUAUUCGAACUUACAUUGAUGAUGUGCUCAAAAACAUCCGUACUCAAGUGCUUAUUAAACUCAUUAAGCCUUAUACCCGGAUAGAACUUGGCUUUAUCUCCAAACAACUUAAUAUUCCUGUGGAAGAAGUAGAGGAGCUAUUGGUGGGACUUAUUCUAAAUGAGAAGAUUGCAGGAAGGAUUGAUCAAGUUAACGCUAGACUUGAGCUUGAUCGAAGACUGACAGAUGCCCUUCGGUACGAGGCUAUCGACAAGUGGUCCAACAAUGUUUCUUGUCUAGGAAAAACAGUGAUUGGGAAGGCAACAUAAAUCAACUCUUCUGGAUUUACACACUUAGUUUAUACACAUCUUUAUAAAGAUAAUAAAACACG